GCCUACACCGGCUUCAGUUCAGUGCCGUGAUGCAACAGCUAUUGCUGCUGCCAAGCCGACUUAGUAUUGUUUUGCUAAUCAUCAUGGCAUAACCGAUGAUUCACACCGUGAUCUGGGAUGGAAAUUCUAUGAUGCAGACAGUUAUCAUCCUCUAGAGAAUAAAAAGAAAAUGGCAGGAGGAACACCACUAAAUGAUGAGGACAGGAUUCCUUGGCUUUGUACAUUGCACAAUAUACUAAGGAGAGAAGACUCAUCUAGACAAGAUGCAAUUCUGGCCUGUUCUGCACUGAAGAAGAUGUAUAGGCAUAUAUUAGUUAAUGGACCAUCUGCAAUUGAGACAGAGCAACCAGAAGAAAAACCAUCACUAAAGAUCCUCUUUGUUCAUUUGGAUGGGCCUAUAGACAUCAUUGCUGACCGCCUGGAGAAGCGGAGAGGUCAUUUUAUGCCACCUGAACUUCUCAAGUCUCAGUUUGAUACUCUAGAGCCUCCUAGUGCACCCGAGAACUUCAUUACUGUCAGUCUAGAAAAACCUCUCCCUGAAAUAGUACUAGAGAUUGAGAGUGCUAUUCUUCAGGGUGAGGCAUUGGUGGAGUAAUUUUCUGAAUGACACAUAUAGAAAUUCCCUUGAGGAUAUCAAGGUUAUGGAAGAGGAUUUUAAUUAUUAAAUUGAUUAUUAAAUCAAGCCAAUUUAUUAUUCAUUAUACUUAAAUGGAUUGCAAUAUUAAGAGCUGGUUUACUACUCUUGGGUUUUUUUCAUCCUGGCUCUGUAAAAGACAUAAAAGGUAUAAUUUUCAAGAACUUUCAACUUUUUACUUUCAACCCUUCACUAUAUGAAGCCAAAACUCCCAUUUUAGUAAGAACCCUAAAAUGGAAGUCAACACUCCCAUUUUAGCAAGAGCCAGGAAAAUCCUGCCAAGGUUACAAAGAAUAAUUUAUUUUCUUAAUUUUAAUGUUUACUCUGUCAGACAUGGAGAUGGGCACAUCUGCUAUUAUGAGAUUAAGUAAUUUACAGCUUUGCCAGAAACAAUAUAUUUUUCUGGAAGAGACAGGAACAUGCGUGAUGUUCCUACACUACCACUGUCUCACUGCCAGAUUUUCAACAAGUUGCAGCCUCUGCAUUUGUGACCUUGCUGACCUCACCAGAGCACUGAUGACGUCAUGAGAACUUUCAUGAACUCCUACUGUAUGCACUGAACAUGAAGCUAAAAAAUGUGAGACAAAAAAAGGCAGCGGUGGUGACACAAUAUACAAAAUACAAUUGUAUGGACAGCUUUGGAAAUAAAGUAUAAGUGGCAUCAUGCUGGCUCUGAA